AAAGCAAAUGCAAUCUAGUGUGUGUUGAAUCAGUGAUGUAUUUCUAGGGAAAAGAGAGGAAAGACUCUGUGCGCGUCUCCAAACACAAUGCAGACGCUCAGAAAAGAUCGUCCAAAGCGAGGAGCCUCACGCUGGAGGACGAGGACUGGAUCUGGACGGCCAAUAAGAAGACGCCGCUGAUCACUGGAUCCAAUCUGACGCGCUCUGGAAGCGUUAAAGAUCUCAUAUACAGGUUCGACGGGCCGCCAACGCCGCCGCCGCGCCUCGGCUCGCUGAAGAUCAAACGGCAAGACGUGAGCGCAUGGGAUUCUGGGAAAAUGAGACAUGAAAGCAGAGAGAGAGGGAAGAACCAGAACCCGGUCUCCGGUGAACCGUCAGAACCGGAAACACAAGAAAGCUCCGAGCAGAAACGCCAUGGCACAGAGAAGAAGAGGAGCAGCGAUGACAAACAAACGUCCCGGCGCAGCAAAGACAAAGCGGCUGUCUCUGAUCCCGGUCCGAAUUCCAGCCUAUACGGCAAGAAGCAGCACAGCGGCCCUCAGUCCGAGGAUGAGCCCACCACCCCCAAAAUCCGCCCCAACCCCAAGUACCAGCUCUACCUGGGCUCCAACGGCACCAGCGGCUCCAAUGGGUCAGUGGGGGACGGCGGCGGGAGCCACGGGAAUCUGCUGAGGGUCAGUUCAGUGAUCCGCGGCUCCAUGGAGUCGCUCUCAUCCCGGGACUGGGACAGCAUGUCCGACAGAAUGUGCGGCUUUGAAAGUCCUCCCCGAGUUUUCAACAGUCCGUAUUCGACGCUCUCGCUGGACUACAAUCCCAUCAACAGAAUGUCUGACUUCAAGACACAGGAAGUGAUGUCACCCGCCGGCUCUGAGAUGAGCCUGUUUGGUCUGAACAGAAGCGUGAGUCCUGUUAGCAGUCCAGCUAUGAACCACCGCACACGAGUCCCCGGAUACGACAGUCUGACCCGCAGACGAGACGCGACUCCAAGUCAACUCAUGCAACGAAACAACCAGCCGAACAAACUGGAUUUCAUCCAGGAACUGACCAAACAGCUGGAGGACUGUCGCAGGAGGAACCAGUUUCUGGAAGCGGAGAGCAUCGAGAUGGAGAAGGAGAGGAACCAGAUCCGCUUCGAGAUGCGAGGUCUGCUGGUGAACAAUGAAGAUCUGCUGCGGACGAACACGCAGAUGCAGGGCGAGACGAACCGGCUGCGCGAGAGCAUCGUGGAGUUAGAGAGCAACAACAACGUCAUGCAGGAGCGCUUCAAAAAGAUGGAGAAAGAGCUGAAGGAGGCGCGGGAGGUGAUGGUCGAAGCAAACACUCAGGAAUACGCCUUUAACUUCCUGCAGCAGACGCUCAAGAACAAAAUACAGGACACUGAGGAAGCUCUGGAGAAACAAGCUCAACACGCUCAGACUGUGUCAGAAAAACUGUGGCUCGCCGAGAGAAACCUGGAGGAGCUGGAGCUGGAGAAGGAAACCAAAGCCAAGAAAGCUCUGGAAUUCGGCAACACUGUUUUCAGACUGGAGACAGAGCUGGCAGACGCGCUGCAGGAGGGGAACCAGGCGCGAGUGGAGCUGAGUUUGCAGCAGAAGCUGAGGGCCGAUGUUCAGCUGCGGAUGGAGGAGCUGGAGGAGAGCGUGCUGGAGAAAGACCAGGAGCUGCUGCGCCUCACACAGAUCGUCAGCAGACUGCAGGGAGAGGUGUCAGGUAAGCUGAGUGAUAAGGAGCAGACGCAUAAUAAUAAUUAA